UUCAUUGCAUUGUUUAUAUAGGUCAUCUCCUUUCCUCCUCGCCCAUCAAACUGAAGGAAGAGCAAAGAUCAUCAUCUCCUUAAUCCUCAACUAAUAAGCUUCAGAAGAAGUCAUCUCCUGUGUUAACCAUGCUGCUGAUGAAGGGGUUCCUUCUUCUGUUCAUCAUCAUUGCUGGUCUUCAUCAAGGCUCAAGUAAAACAGAUCCAGCAGAUGUGUCUGCUCUCAAGUCUCUAUCUAGCCAAUGGAAGAACACACCUCCCAGCUGGAGGAAUGCCGGCGACCCCUGCGGUGAAUCUGGCGAGCCAUGGGAAGGAGUAAACUGCAGCAAUUCGCGGGUGAUGGAAAUAAAGCUAUUCACCAUGGGGCUUGAAGGUACUUUAAGCAGUGAAAUAGGGAACCUCGCCAAUCUGGAAGUUCUGGAUCUCUCCCACAACCAAAAUCUUCGUGGUACUAUUCCAUCAAGCAUUGGGAUGUUGAAGCAGCUCCAUACCUUGAGGUUACUCGAUUGUGGAUUCAAUGGUACCAUCCCAAAUGAGAUAGGCAAUCUUUCGUCGCUCAAAAUCUUAGCUCUGAAUUCAAACCAGUUCAGUGGCAGAAUUCCUGCUUCUCUUGGUAGCCUCUCCAACCUUGACUAUCUGGAUCUGGCAGACAAUCAACUAACUGGAACUCUCCCAACUUCAGCAAGUGAGGGAUCGGGAUUAGAUCAGCUCGUCAACACUCAACACUUCCAUUUGAACAAGAAUCAUUUAUCAGACUCGAUCCCAAGCAAUCUGUUCAGCUCCAAUACGAAGGCCAUACAUAUACUCCUUGACAACAACAAUCUCAUUGGGGGAAUUCCAGAGUCGAUAGGACUUGUUCAAUCACUAAAAGUCCUUCGUCUGGACAAUAAUUCUCUAAGUGGAUCAGUUCCAUCAAGCAUCAACAACCUUACGAACCUUGAUGUACUAAACUUAGCAAACAACAAACUAAGUGGACCGAUGCCAAAUCUGACAGGAAUGCAUGUACUCAACUAUCUGGACUUGAGCAACAAUUCCUUUGAUCCUUCAGAAGCUCCAAACUGGUUCUCGGAUUUACAUAAUCUCACAACACUAAUCAUAGAGUCUGGAGGAUUGCAUGGGGAAGUGCCACAAGAUCUGCUUAGCCUGUCUAAGCUGCAGGAAGUGAGGCUCAGCAAUAAUGCAUUCAGUGGUACCCUCAAUAUGAGCAGCAACAUCACUCAGGGACUAAAGAUCCUGAAUUUUCAGAAUAAUCUUCUUACCUCGGUCACCCUCUCUUCCUACUACAAUGAUACUCUAAUACUCGAGGGGAAUCCAGUUUGCAGCAAUGUUCAGCUAAAACACACACAAUACUGCCAAGGUCAGGUGCAAGACGCACAAUCCAAUGCCUCCAACAGUGUCCCCUGCCUGCAGCCAUACGAAGGGCCAAUCAUUUGCAGAGCACCUUUCUUUGGCUACAUAAGCGAUAAUAAUCUUGAAGCUCUGAAGAAGAGGGUUACAGAAAAACUUGAAGGGACUCCAGUUACAUUCGUUAUUCGCGAUUCCAACUUCGAUGACAAUGCUUAUCUCCGAGUGCAGCUUGACUUAUGCCAUCCAACUGCAGAGUCCUUCACCAGGCAGGACAUAUUGCUCUGGUUAGAUCUAAAUACCCAAAGCCUCUUGAUUCCAGAAAAGUAUGGACCAUGCUAUUUCAAUCCUAACCGAUACGAAUUCAGAAACGGAGAGACACGAGGAUGGAUCGUUGGAGUAGCAGUUGGAAGUGCUGCUGCGGUGUUCAUCAUUGCUGGGCUUGGAACCUACGCACUGUGGCAGAAGAAACGAGCUAAACGAGCCUUGUACCGAAGCAAUCCUUUCGCAUCCUGGGGAUCAAGUGUCAAGGAAGCUGGCAGUGCGCCGCAGCCGAAGGGAGUGAGAUGCUUCUCCUUCGACGAGCUAAGGAAUUGCACGGAUGGAUUCUCGAAAGCCAACGAAAUCGGAUCAGGGGGAUACGGCAAGGUCUACAGAGGACUGCUUCCGGACGGGCAGAUGGUUGCCAUCAAGAGGUCGACGAAGGGCUCCACGCAAGGAGGAGAAGAGUUCAAGACGGAGAUCGAGCUGCUCUCCAGGGUGCAUCACAGGAACCUGGUGGACCUCGUCGGCUUCUGCUUCGACAAGGGGGAGCGGAUGCUGGUCUACGAGUACAUCACCAAUGGGACCUUGAGGGACUGCCUCUCAGGGAGGAGGAGUGUGGCGUUGGACUGGAGGAGGAGAGUGAAGAUCGCGUUGGAUUCAGCGAGAGGGUUGGCUUAUCUCCAUGAACACGCCAAUCCGCCCAUAAUCCAUAGGGAUGUGAAGGCCACCAACAUCCUUUUGGAUGAUCACUUGACGGCUAAAGUAUCAGAUUUUGGCCUCUCCACCUUCGUUUUGGACAGCGAAGAAGGCCAUUUCUCGCUCGAUGUCAAGGGCACACCGGGCUAUCUUGAUCCCGAGUACUUCAUGACCCAACAAUUCACUGCAAAGAGCGACGUGUACAGUCUUGGAGUCGUAAUGCUGGAGCUGAUAACUGCGAUGCCACCGAUAGCGAAGGGCAAAUACAUCGUUCGGGAAGCGAAGAUAGCAGUCGACGAGGACGAUAACGAAUACUACGGCCUGAAGAACAUGAUCGACCCAUCGUUACUGAACACAAGAAACCUUGAUGGAUUCCGAAGGUUCACAGAGUUGGCUUUGCAGUGCCUCGAUGAGUCGUCCGUCCAUCGCCCGACGAUGAACGACAUCGUGAAGGAAAUUGAGAUCAUGUUGGGGAAAGACGAGCCGAACACUGACUCAACCUCAAUUUCUGUGCAUCCUCAUGAUGAGAUUCUCGUGAGCACGGAUGUGAGCGGCGAGCACAUGUUUUCCAGUCGAAGUAGCCAAUACUUGCUCUCUUAAUUAUGGUUUUUGGAUGUUUAAGAGACCAGUGGUUGUAAAUGGUAGGGACGUUAACAAACUCUUCUUGUGAUUUAUAUUAUAAUGUCAUUAUAUACGUUAAUAUUCUA